CCGCCAACUUGCUGCCCGUACCCGCACUCCACAAAUCCCCAGCGCGAAUGGCAGCCCGCCCGCCUGCCUGCCCCCCUUGACUGAUCGAGGCAGGGCUGGGGGGAGGGAUCCAGGACGAGAAACCCCGCUCCGUCGAGAAAAUAACGAUCCAUGCGGUCCGAGUCUCGUCUCGAAGCAGUGGAUGUGCAUCAUCGCCUAGACUCGAUCCAGCAAGUCGAUUGGUAUCCUGGCUGCUCGUUUCGCGUAUCUAUCUCUGCAUCCCAUGUGACACGCCAGGACGCCCAGGAAUGUUCUCAAUGUCUCUUGCUGAGGAUCUUUGUCGAUCUGACUGCACAACAACACCGCAGUUGUGCUCGUCGCGCUUCUCCGGCCGUCCCGGGGCCGGGGUCAUCUGACAGCAGAAACCCUUUUCUGGGCACGGCAUUGCAUGCCAGGAAACUAAAGCAGGCUCCAGGACACGGCAUCGCAAUGGCAACAAUGAGCCGCGUAAUUGUGCCAGACGCACCAGCCAGCCCUCAUUACGCAACUCUUACGUCGCAGCCGUCCGGUGCCUCGCCUAGUGCCAGCCCGCCGUCUACUCCCACGUCCAGAGAGGCUGGCCGUGGGGUGCUGUUGAAUUUGGGGCAGGUCUGUUUUACCCUGCCAUGCCCUGAGGUCUUAGAGGUUGGUUGCCUUGCAUUGCAUGUGGCAGAGUUCCCACCAUCAUGGAACAUGCCCAACUGCCACACGCCCUAUUGGCCCGGAAAGCCCUCCAGCUGCGUCCGGCGACUUAUCUUCGCAGCCAGAUACCCGGACCCGGACCAGGGUGCAUUUCUGGAUGAUGCGAGCCCAGGCCAAGCAUACUGGGAGGCUGAUGGCCGCUGUGAUGUGGUGUUCCGAUUGGUGUCUGGAGCCUAACAAUGUCACCGCCGCUGCCCCUCAGUGCAGCACAACGCGAUCAUCUGACCUAGCAGACAGCAGACAAGAGAUCAAGUUUGUUGAGAGAAAAUCUCUUUAAUGCGCGUGAGGAAAUGCCAUCAGGGUGUUAGCUUGCAUGCUUCGUUUGUCCCC